AUGACAAAUUACCUGUCUGCUGCUCAUCGUUGGCUUGAGGUCGUUCAGGACCAUUCCAUUGAUAUAUAUGACCCGCAUUCCUCUGGCAAAGGACGCCGAUAUCAUCCCUUCUUAGCCCAACAACUUGCUGAUUGUCGGUCUUGGAAGAAACCAAGAUCAAAACGUGAGCCUUUUUCAAUGCUCAUGUUCGAAAAACUCUUGGCCGAAUUCUCUGCUUCCAUUACUCCAACACUUUGUUUUUUUAGCAAAGCAUUUUCAGUAUAUGAUUGGGCUCGAUUGGGCGUUUUCACCGGCUUUCGCAGUGCAGAAUACUCUCAGACUCGGGUCCCGAAAGGACAGCGUUUCAUGAAAAUCCCUGCAUCUACUUUCAUCCCCGAAGAAUUUUGCAAUACACCACUGGCGUUCAUUCCGGAUGAUUUCCGCUUCUAUGAUCGCAAUCACUGUUUGAUCCCACAUCAUUUGGUAUUCUGUCGACAUUUAAAAGGGGAGAUUCUGGAGUUGGAGAUUUGUUGGCGCUAUGACAAGAGUGCCAACAACUUCACCAUCCGUCGAUUUUGCCUGACGUCACAUCCGAUUUUUGAUCCGAUAGAUGCUGCAGUGAGUAUAGUCCAUCGAUGCCACCUUUUGAAGGUUCCAUCUGUUGAACAAAUGGGGGAAUUCAGUACUAAUGGCAGCACCUACCGAUUUCUACGCGACUCUGAUGUUCGAAAAGUGAUGCAGCAUUCAGUGGAUCUGGCCUACCCAGAUAAAAAUCACUACAUGCAACGCAACAAACAUCUCAUCCAGCCUCACUCCAACCGAAUCACUGCCGGUGGAGCCAGCAAUGACGACAUUGCGUUUAAAUUGCGCUGGAGUCCGACAUCUGUGCCCACAUACUUGUGUGACUGCUUCCAAGGCGUCGGUGAUCUGUUGCAGAAGGCCAUUGCUGGAGUGAUGAAGAUGUCUUUUUCAUAG